UUUUCUAAAUUAAUAGAGGAUAAGAAAAAAUCGAGGAUGUCCCCGUGUAUGCGCUCAGCUACCCGUCGGAGGAGUUCUUGCUGGUUGUCGGAGCCUCUUCUGCUUCAAGCCCAAGCCCAGCUCCGCCAAGUUUCUACGGUCGACCCUCGCAUGCGUGGCGGCUCCAAAGUUGUUCCCGUUGUGCUCAACAAAGUUUUUCAGCUGAAGGUGAAUGGCAUGGCAUUUAGAUUGAUACCUGAGCAAUCUGAAGUAAAGAAUGCCCUGCAAGUGAGGGAGAAAUCUGGCUCUGCUGCCAAUAGCUUUCCUGUUGUUCCUGUUUUCCAGUGAGUUUUGCAAUGUGGUGUGCAAGAUCCAUAUAUAUUCCCAAGAAGAAGUGGAGAAGAUGACAAUUGGGAUAAUCAACGAUGAAAAUAAUAGCAGUUUGGAUGAUUCUGGAGCCUUCAAAGUCCUCCUCAGUGGGCCAACCAAAUUAUUAUUCUCCAACAGUUCUCAAAGUCUAAAGUUUCAGGGCUGUAAUUGAGAUCAAUCAUGUUAUGUUAUGUUAGCCUUGUUUCUAU